CAGCCUUAUCGGCCUCGGUUAUCGGAGAGUCCUUAUUUUUCUGGCGCGUCUCGUCAUAGCCAUCCUUCCAACAUGUUUACAAGUUGAGCAUUCACCUGGUCAACACUGCGUGGCGGAAUAAAACAUGCCUGAAAACUCAAGGGCAAUCGUCAAUGCCCUAGAGAAGGUCUUGACACACCUUAGUGAACACCCAUACCCUCACGUUCCCACUCCACAAGGCACCAAAAAGCGAGCCAGCGUUGCGGUGAUAAUUCGAGUCCGACCUCCUUUCACACCUGUUCCACCUUCCAAUGGAUCUGUUAUUGAUGUAGACCAACCUACUUCGCCUCCGAGCUCGCUAAAGGAAUUCUUCUCGCAAGGAUGGGUGCAGGAUGGGGAUCCAGAACUUUUAUUUAUAAAAAGAGCAGGCAGGGCAGGCGAUAGAUGGUCAGGACACACAGCCUUACCUGGUGGAAAGAGAGAUCCGGAAGAUGCAGACGACCUGGCUGCUGCAAUACGUGAGACGCGGGAAGAGGUUGGACUGGAUUUGGAUACCGCACCGUGCUUGCAUGCCGGAAAUUUGCCAGAAAGAUUGGUUUCGACUUCCUGGGGCAAAGAGGUCCUGAUGGUUCUAUGUCCAUAUAUCUUCGUCCUGACGGGUAAGACAGUCCCUGCUAUUCAGCCACAACCGACCGAGGUCGCUUCUGUGCAUUGGGUAUCCCUUCGCGCACUGCUCUCUCCAACCCUGCGGACGCGAGAAUCUGUGGAUAUCUCGAGCAGGAUGGCCAAACACGUCGGUCCUGUCGUUCAUAAAAUGAUCCGCUAUACUAUGGGCAAGAUGAUGUUCAGUGCUAUACGAUUGCUUCCAACCGAGUCCGUCUACGCCAGCUCUAUCCCUGGUUUCAUACCCGACAAGGGCGGCGACCAGCUGUCCACUGUAUCUGGCUGGGCACAAGCGCCUUUUGGCGUACCAUCGUCCUCAAAAUCGCUGGGAUAUCAACAACCCAUCAUCCUGUGGGGCCUGACAUUGGGCGUCUUAGCCGAUCUUCUGGACCAGUUGCCACCAUACAAUGCGGUCAAGUUGUGGAAAUACCCUACGUUCACCGUGCCGGACCUUCGUCUGAUCGUCUGGAUCUUGACCCGUUCAUUCAGAAAGCACUCGGCGGAAACAUUCUCCUCAGGAUCAUGGCCAAGCCAGACAGCCAUGGACGCCACGACUCAAGCAACCGCCGUGUCCACGUCUGAACCUCGUGCCGAAGGGGAGCACACGCCAUUCGAGAAAGAUAGCGUCGGUAUUGGCGGACUUGGGGUCGGUAAAGACCCGCAGCAUGCAGUUGGAAAGUUGCUGCAUGGCUACUACGAGCGGAUCAACUUGGCUAUUGCUGUUUUCCUGUUAUAUCGGGUUGCUGUGACUACGGGUGUUGGGAUUUGGAUAUACAGGUUCUGGAAGCGACGACGUGGUGCCAAUCUGUGACUGCUCGGCCGCGUGGUCCAAAGAACUCGACGCCAAAGCCGAUCUGCGCCAAGGUGGGAACUUGCAUCGGCCCUGCACCUUUAAAACGUUUUGGACUGCAUUCCUUGGAGCAUUCUUACGGUCAAUAUGAUAGACUUCUCAGCAUCAGUGCGGAGACCCGGGUCGCUGCGAAAGCACCAGUGCUUCUGGCGGAUCUCGUGCUGCUCUUUUGAUCCUAGUAA